CCCCGGUGCUCUUGCAGCUGCCAUGUGGGUGGUAACUCUCCGACCGUGGGGGCUUCUCGAGGGGCUCCCGGCGUUACUCCGUGGUCGCCACGCGGCUCUCCUUCCGGGUGGUGCGCGAGGCCUGAAUGGCUCGCCGGUCUCUUGCGGCAAGAACCUACUCAAGAAAUUUGCUUCGAAAACCAAAAAGAAGUUUUGGUAUGAAGGUCCUUCCUUGGGCUCUCACUUGAUUUACAAGCCAUCCCAGUUGGAAUUCCUAAUGAAGAGCACCUCAAAGAAGACCACGAGGGACGACCAUGUGCGCCUGAGGGCACUGAACGGCCUCCUCUACAAAGCGCUGAUGGAUUUGCUGUGCACCGCUGAAGUGAGCCAAGAGAUCUGUGACCUGAAUGUGCAGCUCUCCAAGGUCUCUCUGACUCCAGACUUCUCCGCCUGCCGCGUGUACUGGAAGACCACGGUCUCCGCUGAACACAACGCGCACACAGAGGCCGUCCUGCAGAGGAGUGCUGCCCACAUGAGGCACCUUUUGAUGUCCCAGCAGACCCUGCGGAAUGUGCCGCCCAUAGUAUUCAUUCGGGACAGAGGAAACGCAGCUCUGGCUGAGGUUGAUCGGUUACUGGCCAUUGCCGAUUUUGGACCCCCAGAUGAAAAAGAAGACUGUGUGCAAGACGACGUCAGGGGCCCCGGGGCCCUGGAUGCUCCUGAGCCGCAAGGCACCCCGGCCUCUGCCACGUGCUCAAGUCUGUGUGGGAUCGACCACGAGGCGCUCAACAAACAGAUCUUGGAGUACAAGAGGAGGAAAGGGCAAGGGCGUAGGACCGUGAGUCCCGAGGAGGCGCGGCUGACAGCUGAUCUGGCAACGCAAACGAGAGAGGGAAAGGUGGCACCCUGUGCAGAUAGUGACCUCUCCCCCAGGAACCACCUGUUGGGGGCGGCGAGCAGCAACCCCGGCCCUGACCUGGGUGGCACCUGGGGUGCGGAUAGCAGCCCGAGCUGCAGAGCAGGGGGCAGCGAGCGGCGCAGGCAGGAAGGGGGGAGGUGACCGAGGGGCGGGGAGGGGGUGGGUCCUGGGCUCCAGGCGUGCGGUGCAGCCCAAGGACACCGGUGGACGUGGAACUUGGGCUGAGAACGGAGGUGGUCGUGGGAAGCAUGUGAAAGCCUUUCGCUUGAUGGCAGCAGUCGGUCCUCCUGACUCGGGCACUUGCACACCCUUCUCGGACGUGGACAGCCAUGUGCCACACGGGCUCCUGGUUAGGAAGGCAGAGCGUCUUCGUCUUGUUUGCGCGGGUUUCAGCUCACGCCUGAAGCGCCAUCCUUACGGUCUACUAAACAAUGGCCCCAAGUCCAGUUUUCCCCAGGGCAAGAAGCUAUGGGAAGCUAUGGUGCCUGUCAGAAGUAAAAUAAACCCUUAAUCAAGUCUGACCUAGAGAAACAUGCUUCUGGGUGUGGGGUACCUCCCUUUCCCAAGCACUGUCACCGUCCUGAUGAUGAAAAUGGUACCACAGAGCUUACACGAUCAGACACGCGUGAGACGGAGCGAGGAAGUUGGUGGCUUGGCUUUUUGGGGGCGCAUGACUUGUGCUUUUGUAAACAGUCUCAGGAAGGAAGCAUUGCCGUCACCCCAGCCGUGCGGGCACGCCCCCUGUGCACUUUGUGUGCAGGCAGGUGGCACCGUGAAGUGCUGCCUUUGCCAGCAAAGUGGCCCCCGUUGAAGGGACACAUCACAGGUCAGAAGCGCUGGGUGCGUUGGUGUCUGCGUGGCAUUUGCGUGAUCCCACCUGUCCCGGAAGGCACAGGUAGCCGUGGGCAUGGAGCGUUUCACUUGGGAGUGCACUUGCUGACGAAGCGCCUCUUCUGACCAGAGAAGAAACGUCCAGAGGAAGGCUGCACCUGUCUGAGAAUACGUGUGGUUGGUUCUAAUCAGGUGUGGUAGGUGACAGACCUUGAGACGGCUGCCCGGAAAGGAGCAUUUGCUCUUCAGUGUUCCCGGGAGGCAGAGACAUGCCUCGCUGCACAGGGCCACUCAGGGAAGCACCAGGCUCGGUCAGGAGGCAGAGAAGGUGUGGCUUCUGCAGGAAUGAAUGGGCUGGGUAGUGUAAUUUCAGUAGGCUCUGGGCUGUGGGGGUGCUGGCCCUGGGGGACACGGAGCAGAGGAAGUGCUCGCUGGUGUGUAAGAACCAGGUAAAGGAGGCAGUUGGAGUGUGGGUUCUGGGUUUGCUCGUAAAAGGUGAGCUCACAGGGCAACUAUUUGCUGUCUUUAGGAGUUAGCCCUGGGAGGGGUAGCCUCUCCCAGGCCAACAAGGCCCCCAAGAUGUUAAAACAUCGUAAACACAGAACAUAAGAAACAUGACUAAUACGGGACCCUGUAGCGCCAAGCAGCCUGCUUCCUGACGGCCACGUCUGCGUCCACACCGCAGGAGGUGCCCAGACCCCAAAUGCAGAGCAGCAGGGACAAGGCUCCUGGAUUGUGAGGCCGUGAACUGUGUCGCACAAACUGUGCCCAUCACUGUGUCACAGGACUGGGGACUGGGGGGGGAGGCCGGGGUGCUGGCUCUUCUUUCUCUUCCCGCUUGUGCUUGGGGCUCCGUUUGUUGAAAGUCAAUAAAUGGCCGGAACAAGGUGUGUUUCCAGACCUGGGAAGC